UACGACACUGCAGUAGCUGCAGGAAUCAUUCGAACGAUCUCGUGGACCAUCAGCUAUGUCUCCGCCUACUACGCUGACGACCGAAGACAAGAGUCGAGUGAAAAAGUGUUUGAGCGGCAGCAACAAGAUUAUCGAUGCGACCGUAGCCAGGGUCUAUCAAGCACACGAUGGAGAGUCUUCAUGGGCGUAUACUGGUAUCCAGGGAGCCCUCACGUUCUGUCAAGACAAGGUGAAAGGGGGUCUUUGGUUCAGGGUGGUCGAUCUCAUCAGUACAAGAGGUGUAGUAUGGGAGCAUGAACUGCCGCUCGAGAUCGAGUAUAACCAGGAUCGAGGGUUCUUCCACUCGUUCGGCGGAGACAACUCACAAGUCGCCUUUGUCUUCGCUUCAGAGGUCGAAGCGAACGAUUUCUACAAGAAGGUCAGCAAGCGAGGGAAAUACCUGAGGGCUGCUGCGAAACCGGCAGAAAAGGCAGCAGCUGCUAAAUCUCCCGAGAAGAAGAAGAGGAGCAGGUUCAACAACCUGUUCAAGAUUGACAAAUCGGCCAUUUCCGCACCGAAAAGCGAAUCGUUCCAGCAUGUCGCUCAUAUGGGAUAUGAUAAUGAAAAGGGCUUCACGUCGGUUGGCGUCGACCCUAGUUGGCAAAACUUGUUGGACCAAUUGGGCAUGCAGGGUGUCAGCGCUGAACAGAUCCAGGAGAACGAGCAGUUCAUCAAGGACUUUGUUGCGCAACAAGGUGGUAUAGAAAAGGCCGCCGUAAAGAAACCGGCAGCUCCGACAACCAAGAGAAAGGCCCCACCCCCACCUCCUGCAUCCCGUAGUGCGGCUAGACAAGACGUCUACGACGAUGCACCUCCCCCUCCCCCGCCUCCUCCACCACCACCUGGCCUUCCUGGUCGAUCGGCUCCUUCUCGUAACUCUGUGCCCCCGCCGCCGCCGGCUCCGCCUCUUCCUCCUGGUAGAGGGGCUAUGCCACCUCCGCCGCCACCUAUGCCAGGUCGUGGGUCUGCAGCGCCACCUCCCCCGCCUCCUCCACCUCCACCUCCUAUGGGCGGUGGUAUGGGUGCACCUCCAGCUCCACCGCCACCCCCACCUCCAUCAGGUGGCAGAGCACCGCUUGCUCCGCCUGUGCCAGCCGCUGGGGGUGACGGUAGGUCAGCCCUACUGGCGAGUAUCCAGGGCAAAGGUGUUCACGUCCUCAAAAAGACUGGAGGACCCGACUCGCCAGCUCCGCAGGCCAGUAGCAGUCGAGCAGGUGCGGGUGCGGCGGCUGCAGUGGGUGGAGCAGCAGUCGGAGGUGCUGCCGGAGCUGCAAUGGCUUCGGAUGACGGUCCAGAUCUUGCUUCCUCGCUCGCGGCUGCUUUAGCACAGCGCAAGGGAGACAUGGGAGACAGCGAUGAAGAGGAAAGCGACGACGAGUGGGAUUAG